AUUUCCUGCUGCAUUAACUUGUGCUGCCUGGCAGCCACUCGCAGCUCCUUCGCGGCACUGUGCUCCCUCCUCCUCGGACUCGCUCACACGCCCCCCGCCCCCCCUCCAACCCAAGGCCUCCGUCGAACUCCAUACGGACUCACAAGUCAUCCAUAUCCUCCCCCUUUUUUUGUUGGACUCACUCCGGGGGUAAAAAAAAAAAAAGAACAAGAAGCCCACCAGCGCUCAUUAUGGCGACAGCGGCGGUGUCUGCCCCGGUCGGUGGCCCCAACCCCGGCCCGGGGACCGAGCUGGUACGCGGGCAGGCGUUCGACGUCGGGCCUCGCUACAGCAACCUGUCGUACAUCGGCGAGGGAGCCUACGGGAUGGUGUGCUCGGCGUACGACCGCGACAACAAGCUCCGCGUGGCCAUCAAGAAGAUCAGCCCUUUCGAGCACCAGACGUACUGCCAGCGCACGCUGCGCGAGAUCAAGAUCCUGCUGCGCUUCAAGCACGAGAACAUCAUCGGAAUCAACGACAUCAUACGCACGCCCACCAUCGAUCAGAUGAAGGAUGUUUACAUCGUGCAGGACCUGAUGGAGACGGACCUGUACAAGCUGCUGAAGACCCAGCACCUGAGCAACGACCACAUCUGCUACUUCCUCUACCAGAUCCUGCGAGGCCUCAAGUACAUCCACUCGGCCAACGUGCUGCACCGGGACCUCAAGCCCUCCAACCUCCUGCUCAACACCACCUGCGAUCUCAAGAUCUGCGACUUCGGUCUGGCCCGCGUGGCCGACCCGGACCACGACCACACCGGCUUCCUGACGGAGUACGUGGCCACGCGCUGGUACCGAGCGCCCGAGAUCAUGCUCAACUCCAAGGGUUACACCAAGUCCAUAGACAUCUGGUCAGUGGGCUGCAUCCUGGCUGAGAUGUUGUCCAACCGGCCCAUCUUUCCCGGGAAACACUAUCUGGAUCAGCUCAACCACAUUCUCGGCAUCCUGGGCUCUCCUUCUCAGGAGGACCUCAACUGCAUCAUCAACAUCAAAGCCAGGAACUAUUUACUGUCUCUGCCGGUGCGCUCCAAAGUGCCCUGGAACCGCCUCUUCCCCAACGCUGAUGCCAAAGCUUUGGAUCUGCUGGACAAGAUGCUCACCUUCAACCCCCACAAGAGGAUCGAGGUGGAGGAGGCCCUGGCGCACCCCUACUUGGAGCAAUACUACGACCCCACGGACGAGCCCGUCGCCGAGGCCCCGUUCAAGUUCGACAUGGAGCUGGACGACCUUCCCAAGGAGACGCUGAAGGAGCUCAUCUUUGAGGAGACGGCACGCUUCCAGCUCGGCUUCCGGUCCUAACGCCUCGCGCCAGGUCAGGAGAUGAUGAUUUGCCAACGCUGCCCCUCACCCUCCCAGGCCCCGCCUCCUCAACAUUGUUGUUGCGCUUUUUUUCAAAAAAUUUUUUCCUUUUUUUUUUUUUUGCUUCCGUUUUGUUUCUCAAAAGCUUCGGCUGUCGCUCAUCAAGUCCACUUUGCUCAGGAAUGGCGUCAGGAAUCAAUCAGUCUGUCGUUCUGGGAUGAGGGAGGGUGAUCCAGGGGCUUUUGGGGGGGUCCAUUGCAGCUAGGGCGAUUUUCAUCCCCCCACCCCCCUUUACGUUUCCUUUAAAAGGCUUUCUUUGGAGGAGAGGGUGGGGGGAGAGUGCGGGGCGUUGUCACCCGCACAUUACGCGGCCCCCACCCCCAAGAAAGUGUUAUAUGCAGAGUUGACUUCAUCAGCCAGAAAAAAGAAAAAAAAAGCCAUGAUUCUGAUGGUUCUCCUCCAGAAUCAUCUUUUUAUUGUCCGUGAAGCUUCUGUUUUCGCCUUUUGCUGCUCAGCACAGGACAGUCUUAACGUGUUUGAAAGGGAAAGAACGAACCCAAACAGUUGAUCCCUUUCCAAGUCGUAAAAUAUGUGUUUAUGUUGGGAAACGGACUCUUAUUUUCCUCGCGUGAAAUGCAGUGAAAUGGAGUGUGCCCCCCCCCCCACCCCCUCUGCAUGACUGUUAGCAGCUGUGUAUACAAAGAGCAUGUCAAGUGCCACACGGGCCUUUACCGUUCCGCCUCCAACAAGGUGCUUCAAACCUCUCAUUUUGACUUGAAGAAAGAAAUUGUUUUGUUUUUUUUAGCUUGGCCGCCGUCCGUCCCGCAAACAUUGAGUAAAAAUCCCUCCAAAAGCCGUCGGUUGCGUUCACAUGUCAACGUAGCACUUCAAAUUAGCUACUUGCGCCGAAUAGUUUGCUUCUUAGCCACAAAUGUCAAUGCGGCGCGGAGAUCGUUCGACUCGACUCGAGUGUAGUUAACGUUUUUCUCAAAGAAUAGAAUGAGUGUGAAUAAAGUUUGACCAAAAAAAUAACAACGUUUUUUGACAAACCUUUAGUGGCUGGGCUAGCUAACUGCAUCAUUUUGCAGAUGUUUUCAAAUGACAAACGUGGAGUUAGCCCAAUCUGCGCCUCGAUUAGCUUGCAGCUAACUAGCCACACUUCUUGUGACUAAAAUAUUUGGGACAAUGCUUUUUUUCCCCCCUCCCAAACAAAACCAACUGUCUCAACCCGAAAUGUUUGACUUGAGGGACUCUUGCCCCCCGCCCCCCUGUACCCGAAACAUGAAAGCCACAUGAACAGAUUUCGACAUCGCAUGAGCCAUCAAAUUAGCUGCCAGCUAACUAGCUAGCUUGCAAGUGCUCAUUGUAGCUCAUAUCUUUUGGUACGUUGCUUUGCCCCAAAAACAUGAAUGCGUCAUGAAGGACACCACCCAACCCAACCAAAAUGACUCCCGCACUCUUGAAUCUAGCUAUCAGCCCCCCAAUCUUGCGGGUGCUCAUGAUUGUUAAUCCCGUUUCCUCCAAAAAUGAAUGCAGUGUAAGGACCAAAAAUUCCAAAGUAUUUUUUUUUUUAAGACAAUGCCCCCCCCAUCACACACACACACUCACACACACAAAUGAGGCUAAUUAACUCCACUUUGUUGACAACACAAACUUGUCAACUAGUAAAGCCGCAUACGAUCCUUGUCUCUAUUCUAUUUUGGAGAUAUAUUAAAUUCCCCCCUCCACAAAUGCUGAAUGCAGCUUUGUCACACCUCAUACUUGUAUUUCGAUGAUAUAUACUUGGAAUUAGCUCCUAGCUAAUUUGGUAGCAGAAGGCGCUAUGUCGCUAAUCUGUUUUCCACACAAAUGAUGGAGCAGCACAAAGACCAACAAAUUAGACUAGAAAGUAAUUUGUUUUUUUUGGACUAUGCUGCCCUCCCCCCCCCCCCAACCUACUGAAUGCAAUAGGAAGGCCAACUGAUUUUUUUUUUUUAAGUGUUUUGAGAGCACAUACUUGGAAGUAGCUGCCAGCUAACUAGCUUGUCACUUAUCUCUUCGGGAAUUUUACAAUGUAAUUGCUUUCGUUCAGUGGAUGUGGCCUAGCCAAAAGUUCUUAAGAGAAAAGUAGAAUUUAAAUAUCGGAUUUUGCACAUUGUCAGCUGGAAUAUAUAUAUACAUAUACCUGUGUGUGUCUACACACACACACACACACACAUACUCCUGCGCUUGGCGGCGGCCUACACACACACACACACAUUUGUUUGGGUAGAGGCGUUCAGAGGCACUGGGAAGCAGUAGCGUCGGCACGAUUCUUCGCGUGCAGAUCAGCGCUUGUGCUCCGUUCUUUUGUCUGUUUGUGCCUUCUUUGACGAUUCCGUGUGCAGCUUUUGAUGUGAUCAAUCAAAGAAAAAAAAAGUGAGCUUUGUACAUUUUAAAUGAUUUGUUGCCACUGCUGUGUGUUUUUGUUCGUGUGUGCGUGUGUGUGCGCGCAUAACAUUUCUAUCCCCCCACCCCCCUUUUUUUGGGUGUUUUUUUUUUCGUGCAGAUAUUUUUUAUUGUCAGAUGAGUGUUCUGCUUCUAUCAGACACUAAAUGAGCUUGUUGCUUCACCGGGUUUUCAUCAAUUGUGAACAAACAAACAAAAAGUUUAAAAAAAAAAACAAAAAUAAGGCCCGCUUGUGUUUUUAAGGGUGCGACUGCCUCAAAUUUUUGUUUUUGUUUUUGGGGGGUCAGUUUUAUUUUGCUGUCAUGUAUAGAAUUUUGCUCUUAUUGUUGAAGACUGUUUUUAAAAAGUGAAUUAUUCAGUGGUCUUUUGGAAGCCAGGAAGAAAAACACACCCACUCAUCUAGAAAAGUCAACAAUCAGUACCGAAGUGACUGGACUGCUCUCACCAAUCAACAAUCACAGAAUUGCCAAAUAGCUUUCUUUCUUUGGAACAACCAAUUCUAAAUGUAUUUAAUUUGAGAAUGAUCAAUAAAACAUGUUUUACCCCAUCGUA